AUGAAUCAAAUGGACCCAAGAAAUAUGAGCAGCGUGAUCAUAAGGAAAACCUGGGGAGCUGAUGAUUACUUUAUUUGUGGAUCUCCAUUACCUAUUACGUCCAGAGGCAUUUGGUCGGGAGAUAAUCCCCUAAAUUCCAUCUUUCCUGUUUUCAUACUCCAAGCUAUCGCGGGGACUAUUGUGUCCCGGGUUGUUUACAUGAUUCUUAGGCCUAUGAGACAAUCCAAAUUUCUCUGCAGUGUCCUGGGUGGCAUUCUUUUAGGACCAAGUUUUUUCGGGGAGAGCAUGAAAUUCAGGGAAAAAAUGUUCCCACCAACUGAGAUGGGGGUGUUCAAUUCAUUUUCUACAUUAGGUGCAAUGUUUGCUCUCUUCUUUGUUUCAGUGAAAGUAGAUUACAAGAGCUUGAUCACCAGGGCCGGAAGGAACUCAUGGGUGAUUGGUUUUUCAGGCACCAUUUUUCCUUGGAUCACUCUCUUAUCCCUCUUUUACAUGUAUAUCGAUUACCUUCCACCUGCGUUACAAAUAAAAAUCGUUCCUUUCUUUAUUGCCUCAUUUGUAUCCUUAACAUUCUUCCCUGUAGUUGCUUAUUCCUUAGAUGAACUCAAUAUUCUGACUUCGGAAUUGGGCCAUCUUUCCUUGUCUGCAACAAUAGUUAGUGAUUUGAUGCAAUGGUUCUUCGUGUUACUAGUUGCAAUCUUUAAGCAAGCAAACUUGGAGCAAGCAAUUGAGGCAUUUGUUUCCACAUUCAUUUUGGUACUUAUCUCCAUCUAUGGAAUACGCCCGGCAUUAGUUUCAAUCAUCAAGAAAACACCAGAAGGGAAAUUGAUAGAUGAAACCUAUGUUGUACUAAUACUACUUGGAGCUUUAUUCAUGGGAUUUACCACUGACUUCUUGGGCAGUUCCAUUCUCUACGGGCCUAUCAUUCUAGGCUUUAUCGUACCGGAUGGACCACCUCUUGGUUCAAUUUUAGUAGAGAAGGGAGAGUGUUUUGUCUCAGAGUUUCUUCUGCCAUUGCUCUUUGUCCGCGUUGGCUAUGAAUUAGAUGUGCGUGCCAUGGGUGACUUGAGGACCGCUUUCACAUUUAUGGCCAUCCUAUUUGCUGGUUACUUUGCCAAGUUUUUGGGAGUUUUUCUGGCUUCACUAUCAUUCAAGUUGAGGCCCAGAACUGCUUUCUUGCUUGGCCUCAUUAUGAAUAACAAGGGCAUCAUUGAGAUUGUCAUUUAUUUUCGAUGGAAGAGGAUUAAGUAUAUAGAUGAGCAAACUUUUGCUGUAUUGAUGUUCUCCUCGCUGGCUAUGACUGCAAUUAUAGCUCCAUUCACAGGCAUGCUAUACAAGCCAAGGGUAAGACUGGCUUCAUCUCACAAGCAAACACGGUUGAAGACAAUCCAAACCACACCUGGCGCAUCUGAAUUUCGUGUGAUUACGUGUCUCCACAAUGAAGAAAAUGUAAACAGCAUCAUUAGCCUCCUCGAAGCAUCUAACCCAACUGAAAUAAGCCCCAUUUGUGCCUAUGUAAUCCACCUAGUGGACCUCAAGGGCAGUUCUGUUCCAGCACUCAUCCCUUUCAAUGCUAAGCAAAAAAGGAUUUUUAAGCUCAGCAACUCUCCUAGCUCUAAUCACAUUUUGCGUGCCUUUGAAAACUAUUCCAGGAAUUCCAAUGGUCCAGUCAUUGUCCAAGCUUUCACUAUGAUCGCACCCUACAUAGGCAUGCAUGAAAAUAUUUGUAGGUUAGCUCUAGAAAAACUAACCCCUCUCAUCAUCAUUCCUUACCAUGAAAACCAAAAACAUAUCGAAGGAAGCCUUGUUGCCACAUCCAUUCGAGGUUUCAAUGCUAAGUUACAAAGAUAUGCACCAUGUACUGUGGGAAUGCUUGUUGAUAGGGGCACACGUCGCAUGAACUCCAGUCAUUUUUCUUACAAUGUUGCGGUGAUUUUCAUCGGUGGAGAGGAUGACCGUGAAGCCCUUGCUCUUGCGGCACGCAUGUCUGGGCAUGCAGAAGUGAGUCUCUGUGUUUUGCGUAUUACCUUCAAAGAGGGGGAGGAGGAGGAGGAGGAGGAGGAGGAGCUGAUGGACGAGGCUUUGUACGAUGAGUUCAAAAUCAAGAACAUGGGUAAUGCAUGUGUGGUGUGUAGGGAGGUUGUGGCGGAUUGCAGUGCACAAGUUAUGGAUGCAAUUCAAUCAUUGGAGAGCAAUUAUGACCUUGUGAUGGUGGGGAGGAGCAGACACCAAGCUAUGGAGCUAAACGACAUUGAAAUGCCACAACUUAAUUCAAAGAAUAUUGAGCACUUGGGAAUGAUUGGUGAUGCACUUGUUUCCUCGGAGUUGUUUGAGGGUUGGCUGUCUUUGUUGGUGUUGCACCGUUGUGGACGACCAGUUCAUAAGUAG